AUGCCGCGCAAAGACAUUGACCAGAUUCUACAGGAACGAGCUGCCCUUGCGGAAAAGACGGAAAACACUAUUGCACAUCGUGAGCUGGCUCCUGCAACUCAUGAUAAAUAUGACCACGCUGUCGAAACGUGGAUCUUAUGGAGGCUUUCGAGAGGCGAGCCUGGAGAUACUGAAAGAAUGAAAGAGGAGCCGAUGCCAACUCCACAGACAAUGAAAUUAUUUGCGGAAAACUACAUUGUCACUCGAAAAAAGGACCUCCCGUCAACUGAAACAGUCUGUGGGCAUUUUAUCAACUUUACCUCGUUUUGGGAACGGACUACCUCUAAGGAGAUUCCCAUGGAAGUGAAAAAAGAUGUUUUAAAUCAUCUAACAUUUCACUUGAAAUGGGGCCGUGAAUCAGGAAAAAUCAGACGCUGGGUGACAAUCGAUCCAGAGUUUCUGAAGGGAUGUCGCUUUCAAGAUAAUAUCAAGGUCAGGCCCCGAAGUUGGUUUAGAGAGCAUGAUAUCCUAGGAUUCAACUUUGUUUUCUGGGUCAUCGUUCACGGAAUAGCAGACGGUGCUUUCAAGGGCAUCUCUACUAUUGAGGAGCUUCUGGCUAUACGCCCUCCAGAGGGAAGAGAAUCUUGGACAUUGCGAUGGAGACAGGAAGUGCAGAACGUACCCUUCUUCCGCAUGGUAAAUUCGGAAGGCCCCAAACAAGAUAAAGCUCUAACAUUCUCUUCCCUGCGACACAACAAUACUAGUCUGGCCCGACGUAAUGGUUAUAAAAAUACUUUGCGAGUGCACGGCAUUCGGGGCGCCGUUGCAAACCGGAUAGAUGCUCGUGGCUCUGAGGCUACUCGUGGCCAGGCUUUGGACCACCAAAAUCCGGAUACCUAUCUGAAGUACCAAUCGACAAUAAAGGCUUUAGAUGUACAAGCUCUAUUCUGGGAUCUGGAGCAGGAUUUCGAGUGCCGAGAUAUGGAACAAAGCAUGGCUCACCACCGCGAUUCCAACGCUCCCGUCUAUUUGAAUGCAGCCGCACGAGAGGAAUUCUUACAGUGUGAUAAGGUGGUAGCUAUUGAUGCCAAGAUUGCUAUUCUCACCGAGCAAAUCAAUAGGAGACCUGAGGAUCAUAGCCAACUCACGGCUGAACGCAACAAGCUUCAUAUCCAGAAAGCAAACCUGCGUGAGGCUUAUCGUUCAUCAUUUAUCUCUAAAUGGUGGGAUGCCUCCUAUGAUGAAUACGUGGCGGGGAAUGAAUUGAAAGAACGUGACAGAACUUGUUUGUUUGACAUUCUUCGAAAGUAUCUCCCAGAACGGGCACGUCUUCGAGAUAAUCUUUUCAAAGAGGCCUCCCUGGACAGCGAUACUGGGAAGCAAUGCUUGCAUGACAUGGUCAGCCUGUGCGUGGGUACUGAAAGUGUGGUUUACUACCCCGGAUUGCGCCCUGAAAAUGAUAAGUGCCCAUAUUGCUUUAAGGACAUUCUUAGAUCAUCUGAUGCCCAGGUGUGGCCUCUUGACCCUUCGUUACACGCUCGUUGCUCCCGGAUUGUGCCCUUUUUGUCUGGAGACAACAGCAAGGUCCCCGAUGAGAGGUUCCAACAGUGGCUGACCAAAGCUACACUAAUGCACCACAUCAAUGUCCAUCUCGAUCAAAUGAGUUCCGAAACCAAUUUCCGAUGCCCCCAUCCACUAUGCGGCGAAAGAGAUUAUGGCAAGAAGAACAAUCUCCGGUACCAUCUAUUUGAUGGGCACUCGAUUGAAGAACCGCGACCGAAUUGUAUCGCUCUCAAGCGGAAAAUGGGGAAACAAUUGGAAUCAGAGGAUAAUGAGGAUCAGAAACGCAAAUCUCGAAAGCUUUGA